AUGACCCCCACCCUCACAGCCCUGCUCUGUCUCGGGCUGAGUCUGGGCUCCAGGACCCAAGCCCAGACAGGGACCCUCCCCAGACCCACUGUCUGGGCUGAGCCAGGCUCUGUGAUGCCUUGGGGGACAUCUGUGACCAUCUGGUGUCAGGGGAGCUUGGAGGCCCAGGAGUACCGCUUGCUUAAAGAGGGAGAGUUAGAGACCUGGGACAGACAGAAGCCACUGGAAACCAAAGACAAGGUCAAAUUCCCCAUCACACACAUGGCAGACAUAUAUGCAGGAAGAUACCGCUGUGACUAUCUCAGUCCCACUGGCUGGUCAGAGCCCAGUGACCCCCUGGAGCUGGUGGUGGUGACAGGAUCCCAGGGCAAACCCAGCCUCUCAGCCCUGCCCAGCCCAGUCGUGACCUCAGGAGGGAACGUGACCCUCCAGUGUGCCUCACGGAUGGGAUUUCACAGGUUCAUCCUGAUGAAGGAAGGAGAGCGCCAGCCCUCCUGGACCCUGGACUCCCAGCCAGCCCCCCAUGGGAGGACCCAGGCCCUAUUCCCUGUAGGCCCCGUGACCCCCAGCCUCAGCUGGACGUUCAGAUGCUACGGCUAUUACAGCAACACCCCCCAGGUGUGGUCGGACCCCAGUGACCCCCUGGAGCUGCUGGUCUCAGGUGUGUCAGGGAAGCCCUCCCUCCUGACCCAGCAGGACAGAGCCUCUGGACAGAGGCUGUCCCUCCAGUGUCGCUCUGAUGUUGGCUACAACAAAUUCGCUCUGUCCAAGGAGGGGGCACCUGACCUUCCACAGCGGCUUAGCCGGCAGACCCAGUCUGGGCUCUCGGGGGCAACCUUCUACCUGGGCCUGGUGAGACCCUCCCAUGGGGGCCGGUACAAGUGCUACGGUGGACACAACCUCUCCUCUGAAUGGUCGGCCCCUAGUGACCCCCUGGACAUCCUGCUCGCAGGACAGCUCUCCUACACACCCUCCCUCUCAGUGCUGCCUGGACCCACGGUGGCCCCAGGAGAGAAUGUGACCCUGCUGUGUCAGUCUCGGAGCUCUGUGGACACUUUCCUUCUGUCCAAGGAGGGGGCAGCCGAUCCCCCGCUGCGUCUUAGAUCACAGUACCGAGCUGGGCAGCACCAGGCUGAAUUCCCCAUGAGUCCUGUGACCUCAGCCCACGGGGGGUCCUACAGGUGCUAUGGCUCCGCCAGCACCUCCCCCUACCUGUUGUCACAGCCCAGUGAUCCUCUGGAGCUCCUGGUCUCAGGUGAGGCUGGCACCGUGAGCCCACCCCAAAACAAGUCAGACCCCAGCAGUGGAGAGUAG